UUUCACUGCGGUUCCUUUUCAUAAGCGCACACCGAGGAACGGAAAGCGGAACAGCAUGGCGUCUUACAGAAGCUAUUGAUAUGUGUCUUACUGACAUUGUUUCUAUCUAGUGUCCAUUUGUGUGUUUUUCUUUUGGGACCUGGUCAUCGGGUGCGCGUCUGGCAAAUGAUGGCUUGCAGAACAGCAUGUCAAAUGUUGCACCGGCGUCUGGCGUCCAGUGCCGCCGCUUCUGCGCGACUGUCGUCAACAGAGCUGCAGAGUCGACGCAACUCUCUCUUCUCCCAGGAGCAGGCGCGUCAGCGAGCGCUGUUUCCACGCAUAGAGAAGAUCGAGGUCCAAAUGCAAGGGCCAGGUCUACAAGGAACACUGCUGGUCAUGAAUAAAGGAGUGUCUACGCCUCACAGCUGUGCACGCCACCUGACUGAAUGGCAUGUGGACAGUGCAGUGCUUGCUGUAGUGGAUGGCGAGGCAUGGCCUCUUCACAAGCCUCUCACCAGUUCCUGCUCGCUCUCACUGCUCACCUUCAAAGACACCAAUCCCCUGCUAGCCAAUCAGGCCUAUUGGAGGUCUUGUGCAGCCCUUCUUGGUCAGGUUUUUCAGAAUGCCUUCAAGGAUGAAUUUAUUGUUGAGCUUCUGAAGACUCCUGAAGUUCCAGUGACUUCGGGAGCAUUCCUCUGCGAUGUGGUGUUGGAUCCACAGUUAGACUCAUGGGCUCCCUCUGAGGAGUCUCUUCGUUCCCUCACCCGUGACGCUCAGCAGCUUAUCCACAAAGAUCUGCCCUGGGAGCCUCUGGAAGUAGCCCCCUCUGUUGCUCUGGACAUUUUUGCCCACAGCAGGUGCAAGCAGACAGAGGUGGAGGAGUUGGCAGCUCACAGCCCCAGUGGCACAGUAAGCAUGUACAGAUGUGGAGACCACGUUACGUUGAGUGGGGGUCCCCUAGUGGCCAGAACAGGACUGUGCAUGCAGUAUGAGGUGGCUGCUAUUCACAAUCUUGGGCAGGGAGCCUGGGGUCUUCAUCGCCGGGCUCAGGGGCUCUCCCUCCCACGGCAGCUACAGGCUCAUCACACAGUUUGGAGGAAGCUGAGAAAGAGGGCAGAAAAACUGGUAGAGGUAACGUCAUCCUCAGCCAAUCAGACCACUGCACUGCCCCCUGUUGCCAAUCAUCUUGAAGACCCUGCUCCUACACAUCAGUGACCCUGCCAUGAUCUGCCCAAAAUGUGUGUUUUUUUGUCCUAAAAUAAAGCUUUGAACUC